AUGGCUGUCUUCUCGGCAUUCAGCGGCAGCUUUGCUGUGACGGCUGUCUUCUUGCUGUUCCUGCUGCAUGCUCGCCCAGCUCAUGCUUUCGGCGCCGGCAACAUUGCCUCUGUGUCCAAUGUCGAGGGCGUCAAUUUCCGCCAUGGAGACAUCGAAGACACUCUCCUUACCCUCGUCAGCUCGUACGCCUACGCCAAGGGCGCCAAGUUCAGCAAGAUCGAUGUCAAGCGUGUCUACUUUGGCAACUGGCUCCGCGACUACUCGCAGGCUGUCGAUGUCGGUACUACCAAGCACGUCUCGGCUGAGGCCAUUCGUAUCCUGCUAUGGGUUCUUGGCUUCCUCACCUUUGGGUAUGGCACCGGCGAGUUCGAAGUCACCACCGAGAGACUAGGCUGCUACCGCCCCGAAGAGCACAUCGACAAUCCUCAGGGGUACGCUGAAGGAGAAGACGCCCGCCAGUACGAUCGCCGACUACGCGGCCCCGUAGACGAAGAGAGGGAGUUGAGCAUCGAUGAGAGGACAGGCCUUAAGAACUACAUCGCCUCGGAAGACAUGAGAAUUACAACGUCCGCCCAGCUAGUACGCAACCUGUUCGGCCGCUGCAUCGAUCUCGGAAGAGAGUACAACAGGAGUAGAGACAAGAAGCAAUUUUACGAGGCUUUACGCCUCCUCGGUACGGCAACACAUUGUCUCGAAGAUUACAGUGCACAUUCAAACUACACCGAGCUCGCCCUCAUCGAGCUGGGCGAGCGCGACGUUUUUCCUCAUGUUGGCCGCAACACCCAAGUCCGUGUCCAGGGAGCCCGCCACCAGGUCUACCCCAUCGUGACGGGCACCUUCGGUGGUGUCGACUUCCUCCACUCGGUCAUGGGCGAGUUAGACGACAAGGCCACUCAGUCCGAGAUUCAAGAGCUGGAGGGCGUCAUCGAUAGUUCGCAGAACCAGAACACCAGUCUGCUCAAGAAGCUUCUCAAGGCCCUUCCUUCCGGCCUGCUCGGCGGCAAGGACCAGGCUGGUAAGGUUGACGAGCUGCAGAGCAACGCUGCCGCCGCCCAGAUGGGCAACAUGAAGCUCUCGCCUCGCCAACCCGAAGAGUGGGCCAAACAGCUUCAAGAAGUUCAGAACCAAAUCUACCCCAUCCUUGAGUUCCACGACGGGCUUAUGAUGGGCAUCAACGAGGCUAUCGAGAAGAUCCCCAUCUUGCCCGAUCUUCUGGAGCAGCUCACCGAGCAGCUCAACAUCUUCGUCUUCUCAUUGCUUGCUCCUUUCGUCCUGCCCAUCAUCAGCCAGGUCAAGGAAGAGCUCGCCACUGGUUCUUCCGAGGUCAUUCAGAGCAGUCGCGACAAGCAAUUGAUCGUCUUCCACGACGACGAUUCGUCCAACCCCACCCACUCUAUGCUCUCCAAGGACCAUUUCUCCAACAUUCUCAACGAGCCCGCCGGGAAGAUUGGAUGUGCCGUCCUCAAAUGGGUUGUUCCUCAAAUCGUCCAGUGCUGGGACAACGAGAAUGUCGAUAUCGCCAGAACUCUUGACCGUAUCAUCGGCGGUGUCUUCCACCACCCUGCCUUGCGUCAGUUUGGCAACGACGGUGCUGCUGACGGCCGUCACAUUAUGUUUGGCGUUGUUGAGCAGUGGUGGCAGGAGAAGUCCGAGCGCGAGCGUGAUGAUCUCCGUCUCAAGCUCAGCAGACGCGGUGUCGAGACUGGUCAGAACCACAAGGAAGGAGUCCAAGACUCGGGACAUGGCUGCUGCAAGCCUCUCUUCCAGCAAAAGCAGCACAGCAACGCUCCUGCUGCUGCAGCUCACGCAGCUGUUAUGGAGGGCAUCAGCGACUUUGUCAGUGGUGGUCAACAGCACAAUAGCUCUGGCAACUAUGGACGCCCCAGCAGUCGUCCUACCAGUAGCUUCGAGCAGCAGGCCGGAAACUUUGUCGGCGAGGCUGUCGGCGGUGGUGCUCUUGGCUCUAUUCUUGGUGGUCUAGUCGGUAGCGUUGGAGGUAGUCUUUUGAGCGGCGCUUUCGAGUCCCAGGGUCAGACCCAGACGUACCAGCAGUCAAGUUACGGCCAAGACGGGUCUCAUACCCAGAGCUACAUGCAGACUGGCGAGCGUCCCUCUUCUAGACCCUAUGGCCAAGAGCACACUGCACAGGCUGAGUACAAGACUACUCAAUACCCCGGCGGUGGCCACAGAACGGAGUACAACCGCUAUGAACAGGAAGGUAACUCUGGGUACGGUUACCAGCAAAGCACCGAAGUUCGCCCUACACAAGGUGGCGGCUACGAACAGCGUAGUGAGCGUCGCCAAGAGCGACCUGGUGGUCGCUGGGAGAGUGAAGUGCAGGAGCAAAGAGUUGGUGCUGCUGGAGAGUACUACCAGAUCGAGGAAAAGCACCAUGGCAGAAGACAUGACGAUGAUGACGACGACAACGAGCGCCGUUCCCACAGAAAACAUGGAUCUAAUCAUCGCAACGAUUACGAGAGCGAGCAACAACCCUCCUACUCCCGCCCCGAUAACAGUGGUGGCUUCCCUGGUGCCUCCUACCACGCUCAGCACCAAGAACGUCAAGACGAACGUCCCAGCUACGGCAACGAUAACUUCGGUGGCCGCAACGAGGGUUAUGGCAGACAAGAGUAUGGUGGUGGACGACAAGAGUAUGGCAGUGGAAGACAAGAAUAUGGCCGCGAAGAUAACAACAGCUAUGGUCGUCAAGAACAGGGUUACGGUCGUCGUGAUGAGGAUGAAAUGCCUGGCGGCUUCCCCGAUGACGAUGGACGUGAACGUAGACACCAUGGCGGUCGUCAUGAAGGCGGCAAUGGCUACAAUGGCGGCUAUGAGGGUCGUAGAUGGUAA